GUGGCUAUAUAAACAUGGCUGGCAGCGGCGCGCGGCUGGCGCUGCGGAGCGCGUUUGGGUCGCCUCUGGACGCCGCGGGUCUGUAGGGUUUUGAAAUUUCUGGCGGGGAAGCGCAGAGUUCAAGCUCCCCGGGUGGGAACUGAAGUGACGGCCCGAGGGAGCUGCCGGCCCGGGCGCUUCUGCGGCGGGACCGACCGGGGCUCAGGCGCGCACGUGUGGGCGCCGCCGAGGGAGUGCCGGGCGGUGUCGCCUGCGGCCGGGCCCGGAGCGCGCGUGUGUGCCCCGGGAUGCUGCGGCGCCCGGACUGCACCCGAGUCGGCCGCCGCCUGCCCCGGCUCGCCUCCCCUCAGCUCCGCGAAGGGCAGCGCCGCUGCCGCUGAGUCCCCGAGGGGAUGCCGGCGGGCCUGACGGAGCCGGCGGGAGCCGCUGCUCCGGGGGUCGCCAGCGCCUCGGGGGCCGUGACCAUGGCCUCCGCCGCCACGCUGCCCGUGCGGGUGGAGAGCACCCCGGUGGCCCUGGGCCCUGUGACUAAGGCUCCUGUCAGUGUCUGCGUGGAGCCCGUGGCGCCCCAGCCCCUGCCAUCCCCAGUGGGGACUCUAGUGACCAAAGUGGUUCCUGUCACCGCUCUUCCUAAACUCAGCGGCCCUAGGCUGCCCGCUCCUCAGAUAGUCACCGUGAAAACUCCCGGCACCACGACGAUCCAGCUGCCUGCUAAUUUGCAGCUGCCUCCAGGAACGGUUUUGAUCAGAAGUAACAGUGGUCAGUUGAUGCUGGUAUCUCCUCAGCAAGCUGUAACAGGAGCCAAGACCACAAAUAAUGUUGUAACUCCAAGGCCAGCAGUACCAGUCAACACUCCAACAGUCAAGAUCUGUACAGUGCCGAAUUCCAGCUCGCAAUUAAUGAAGAAGGUGGCAGUGACUCCUGUCAAUAGUUUGACCCAGGCAGGGUCUACUGUGGCCACCACUGCCCCUGGUGCUUCCUCAGGACAAUCUGUGGCUGUACCUCCUGUCAAGCCAGUGAAUACUGUAACUAUCCUGAAGCCGUCAAGUUUGGGAGCAGUAUCUACCCCCUCAAAUGAGGCCAGUCUCAAAGCAGAGACCUCAGUAGCUGCUCAGACUAGUCUUUCUCCGACAGUGCUAGAAAAUGUGAAAAAAUGUAAAAACUUCCUUUCAAUGUUAAUAAAACUAGCAUGUAGUGGAUCACAGUCUCCAGAUAUGGGACAGAAUGUGAAGAAGCUGGUGGAGCAACUUUUGGAUGCAGAAAUUGAAGCAGAAGAAUUUACUAGGAAACUGUAUAUUGAACUCAAGUCUGCACCUCAGCCACACCUUGUACCUUUCCUUAAGAAGAGUGUGGUUGCCUUAAGACAGCUUCUCCCUAGCUCCCAGAGCUUCAUUGAGAACUGUGUUCAGGAGGUCUCUGGGGAGGUGGUCAUUGCCUCCUGUUCCACAACAGCAACAGCUUCUCCUGUGGUGACAAGUACAAUUUCCCCAGUCCUUGUCUCCGGAGCAACAGCACCCAGAACGCUGUCUAUCCAGACUUCGAAUCCACUUUCUGGUCCAGGAGGAGCAAACGCUGUUGCUGGGACUUUGCAUUCUGUGGUCCCAGCUGCUGUAGCAGGAGGACCACCUGCAACUGUUUUGCUGCAGACUUCAAAACCACUUACCACAUCGGUUCCAAAUGCACUGUCAGCAGUCUCUCUUCAACCCGAGAAGCCAGUCGUGUCUGGGGCAGCAGCUACACUGGCCCUUCCUCCAGUGACUUUUGGAGAAACUUCAGCGGCACAUGCUCCUCUUUGCCUUCCGUCUGUGAAGCCUGCCAUUACCUCCGCUGGGACCCAACCUGAUAAACCCUCCAUUGGCGCUCCAGUUCAGAUCAGACUGGCACAGCCAGGUCCCCUUCUUCCACAGGCGGUCAAAGUCAAGCAACUAGUAGUCCAACAGCCUUCAGGAGGCAAUGCAAGUCAAGUGACCACCAUUUCCUAUUCCUCCCCAUUGACCACUCAGAAAUGUGGUCCGAAGAUGCCAGUGAAUGCUGUAGUGCCUACCACUUCCAUCAUAAAGCAAAUUACUCUACCUGGAAAUAAACUCCUCUCGCUUCAAGCUCAAACAUCUUCUAUUCAGAACAAUAAAAUAAAAGAGAAUGGAGCGGCAUGCUUCAGAGGUGAAGAUGAUAUCAAUGAUGUGACUUGCAUGGCAGAGGUUAACCUUGAUGAAGAAAAUGCCUGUAUCUUAGCAACACAUUCUGAAUUUGUUGGCACACUUAUUCAGUCAUGUAAAGAAGAACCAUUUCUUUUCAUUGGAGCUCUACAAAAGAGAAUUUUAGACAUUGGUAAGAAGCAUGACAUAACGGAACUUAACUCUGAUGCUGUGAACUUGAUCUCCCAUGCAACACAGGAGAGAUUACGAGGCCUUUUAGAGAAACUGACUACGAUUGCUCAGCAUCGAAUGACUGUUUACAAGGGAAGUGAAAAUUAUAUCUUGUCUACUGAUACCAGAUCACAGCUCAAAUUUCUUGAAAAGCUGGAUCAACUGGAGAAACAGAGGAAGGAUCUGGAAGAAAGAGAGAUGUUACUAAGAGCAGCCAAGAGCCGUUCCAAUAAAGAAGAUCCAGAACAGCUGAGAUUAAAGCAGAAAGCCAGAGAGCUGCAGCAACUGGAGCUCGCCCAGAUCCAGUACAGGGAUGCUAAUCUCACGGCUCUAGCAGCUAUUGGACCACGGAAGAAGAGACCACUAGAGUCGGGAAACGAGGGCUUCAAAGAUAACCCUUCUGCUUCUGGGACAUCCAGCCUAACAGCCACCAAACCAUUGCUUCGUCCAAGAAUCACAAGAAUCUGCCUCAGGGACUUGAUAUUCUGUAUGGAACAGGAAAGAGAGAUGAAGUAUUCUCGAGCUCUAUACCUUGCCCUUCUGAAGUGAUCACUCCAUUCAUCCAUCCAGACGCUCACUGUUUACUGCCAAAGAAGACGUAGAGAGCAUUGUUGCACUGUCCUGAAAGCUACUCUGGAAAGCAGUCACCAGUAUGGAAGACCACUGUUUAAACUGACAAGUGUUUUCUUUUUCAACCACAUCUUGUCUAUAUGU